AUGGCUACAUCUAGGAAAGUCAAUAAUCCAAACACCAAUAAAGAAGAAACUUUCCUUCAAACAACCGACAACGUUACUACUAUUGCACCAAAACAUACUUUAGCCCAAUCCCAAGAUAGUGAUGUGUGUUCAUCUUUCCGUAGGACAGAAGUAAUUGGUAGAGGUAAAUUCGGUGUUGUUUAUAAAGGUUAUCAUGUGAAAACACAGCAGGUGUAUGCAAUCAAAGUUUUGAAUCUGGAUUCAGAAUCUGAUGAGGUAGAAGAUGUACAAAGAGAAGUUCAAUUUUUAUCUUCUUUAAAGCAAUUCCCCAACAUUAUUAGAUAUUUUGGUUCAUAUUUGAAAGAUACAAAUCUGUGGAUCAUAAUGGACUACUGUGCCGGUGGCUCUAUCAGAACUUUACUACGACCAGGCAAAAUAGAUGAAAAAUACAUUGGUAUCAUAAUGAGAGAGAUUUUAAUUGCAUUACAAUAUAUCCACAAAGAUAAUGUUAUUCAUAGAGAUAUCAAAGCCGCCAAUGUUUUAGUCACCAAUGAGGGUAAAGUUAAAUUAUGUGAUUUUGGUGUUGCUGCACAAUUAAACCAAACAAAACUAAGGAGGCAAACCAUGGCAGGUACACCUUAUUGGAUGGCACCUGAAGUCAUAAUGGAAGGUGCAUAUUAUGAUACUAAAGCUGAUAUAUGGUCAUUAGGUAUCACUGCUUAUGAAAUUGCUACUGGCAACCCACCAUACUGUGAAAUUGAGGCGUUGAGAGCUAUGCAACUAAUCACGAAAUCUAAACCCGCAAGACUAGAAGGUCGCAGUUACUCAACAUCAUUAAAAGAAUUUAUUGCCUUGUGUUUAGAUGAGGAUCCAAAGGAACGUUUAAGUGCGGAGGAAUUACAGAAGACGAAGUUCAUUAAAUCUCAGAGAGCAGUGCCGACAACAAUAUUAAAAGAAUUAAUAUCUAGAUAUUUAUUAUUCAGAGAUAAGCAUACACCAAGAGAGCAUUCAUAUGCGGAUGAUCUUGGCAAUAACAAAGAAAGUGAGGUAAACUAUAAAAAUCAAGACGUUGCUGUAGCCGAACCUGCAACUGAUGCUAAACCAGAUGAUAUGGAUGUCAAGUGGGACUUUGAUUCAUUAACAUCAACUGAUUAUAUUAUGGAAAAUGAUAUCAAUGUGGAUAUAAUACCAGAAGAGAAUUCUAACGAUUGGUCCAAAACUGAGGGUGACCAAUUCAAUUUUGCAUACCCAGACGAAGACCCAUAUUAUUUUGGUCAUACCAAUAAUAAUAAUACACAUCAUAUUCGUAAAACAUAUCAGGAAUCAACAAUGGGUAAACAAUAUCACGCUACAUUUAUGAAGAAUUCGACUUUAAACGCAUACAAUGGACAAACUCAUACAACUACAAAUAACUUCACAAGUAAUCUACAAAGAACAGGCUUAGGGAAUAACGGUAUGAUGGGUACGCAUGCAACACAUACCACAGCUAAUAAAGCUACCGAAUCAAGAGCUACUAAACAAUUGCUACAAUUGUUUGAAGAUUCCGACGUAAUCACUGAAGAAAGGAGCAUUGAUAAUGAUAUUUACAAUAUUCAAAAACCUCAUUCACUUGUCCCGCCUCAAGAUUUACAAUCCAAUGGUGUAACCAAUCCUCCCAGCUCAAUCUUGCGACCACAGUUAAAUAUGAUUAACGGUCCGAACAUUGCAAGCCAUAGCACACAAAGUUUACCAGUUCUACAAACCAAAUUUAGCAAAAAUAUGACUGGACCAGGCAAUGUGGUAACUUCUGCUGCUACUCCAAUUGAAAUCGAAAUUCCUGAAGAAUUACCAGUCAGCUCCAUUAAAGUGCCAUCUAAUUUAGAUACCCCAAUAGAAACUAAAACAAGGUCAGCUACGGUCUCUGCAAGCAACUUAAACCACACUAACCAUCCUAACUUGUAUAGAAGGUUAACUGUUACAGGAAAUAACAAUAAUGCCUCAGCACCCGUCAUUAAUAGGAAAGAUUCCCAAUUGGGCAAAGGACAUUCUGAUGAUCCAUCAAACUUUUCCAAGGUUCAUAGAAGAACUCCAACCCCCCCUAAUAAUUCCGUUACUUCUAGUAAUCAAUCUCCAGCUAAAAUGCUUACGGCAUCUCCAAAUGGGAAUUCCAGUAGCAUUUAUCAUAGUUCAUUUAAAUCUGCUCCAAUACCUUUAAUAGAAUCAAAGGAUUCAUUCGUUCAAAGCGCCAACAACGGAGCAAGCUUAGGGACGUCUCUAGAAGGCGAAACUAGUAGAGUCAAAAGAGACUUCAAAUUGAACAAUCCAAAUCUGAAGUUGCAUAUGCCAUCUCCUACGAAUAUUACUUCUAAUAAGUUACUAGUUAAUACAACUCAAAUUGGAGACAGCCCUGGGAUUGGUGGAGAGAACAUCAACCAAUUUGGGUUCAAUACCACUAGCACAGCGAACAUUCCCGUGUCAAUGACUCCAAUAAAUGAGAAACACAUGGAUUUUGGCUCUAAAAUAAAGAGAAGUCAGAGUUUAAGUAAAGUCAAGUCUUCCACCAUUCAUGACAACACAGGCACACCUGGGGUUGUUAAUCGUAGUAAGAAGCCUUCCAGCAACACUACUAAUAGCAUAGGCAGCAUUGGCAGCGAACAAGCAGAAUCUACAACCCUAUCUAACGAGAGCCAAUUGAACUCUAGUAGCACAGCCGGCAGCCACGUCGCAUUGAACCAAAGUCUUUCGAACAUCUACAACAGUGCCACAAGCGUCUGGAAUGGUAACAGUAAUAAUUUAAGCGGCGCAAACCCCAAAUUAUGUAUGUCAAUGCCUCCUGUGUCGAUACCGACUGAACUGUUCCUUGAUUUCGAUUUGAAAAAUCCCAGUAACAAGAACGAGUACGUUUGGCAAGACCAAAAGACAAGGGUUCUUGACGAAUUGAAGAGUUUAUUGACACUAUUUGAUGAUAAUUUACUUGUUUUAGAAAGUUCUCUGAAGAAACAGUUGCAUUCCGUUGAAAAAGCCAUUCCGUCAAACACAUCAAUGCAAUUGACCGCAGUUGCGAGCCACCCAGAGAUGGAGGAAGAGGCCAACGAGGCUGGGACUCCGGAGACCAUCAACAACUUAAGCAAUGAACAAGAAGCAAGCUUGUGA